UGGAGGAGACGACCAAUGACUUUAAUUCCGGUGUUUCAACCCCGGAAACGAAUACCUGACACUGACAGUGGUUAAGUAGUGGACUUAGUGUAGAAGAUGAAAGCAGCUUUGAGCAUCAGGAAAUUAUCGCUCCGUUAGUAUAAAAUUGAGAUAUAUUUGAAGAUAAUGCGCACUGUAUAUUUAAAUAAUUGGGGUUCAUGCUUGCCUGCAAGUGCAGUACGUGCUUGUCCAUCGCGUAUUCUUGAAUUACAAAUGAGUCUCUAAAACCGAAGUAGUUGGAUUUUAAGCGAAACUUUAAGAACUGUUGUACUUCUAAUUUCUCCAGGGCACCCUCCACUAGAAAAAGAAUUUGGAUUUAAGUUGGAAAAUUUGAACAACAGCAGAAAUGCCCGCACAGAAAAGGAAAUCCUCAUUGGCUGACCAGUUGGUAAAAAGGAGAAGAGUAGAACAAAAAUGCAGUGUAAUGUCUGCAUCCAAAAAGAAGUCGCACUGCUCCAGCAAAUCUGCUGAUACCAAACAGAGGCCUGCUCACACAAGAGACUCUGCACGUAAGCAGUCAAACCCCACCAGACAAGUGAUGUCUCUAUCACGUAAAGCCAUCAGCAGCUGCUCUCAGCCCUCUUGCAGGUCUAAAGAGCAGAAGCAGUCGAGCCAAAUUAAAACCACUUUAAGAAAGAAUCCCAGCAAACAGUUACCUAAAGCAAAAAUUGAAACUAAAAAGAAAGUUAUGAAAACUGUGGAAAAGCAGACUUCAAAAAAAACUGUCAGACCUGUACAUAAGAAAACUACAAAAGCAGCUCUCAAAAAGGCCAGUUUUGGUCAAGCUUCAUCUGAAGAUAAAAAUGCAGUAGCAAAGAGAGAGAAGUCUACUUCAGACAAUAAAAACUGUUCUACAAGAGCUUUUAAUAUGAAAAAUAAGUCUUCAGUGGUGAAACAUUUUAGAAACUCUGACAGAACUGCAUUAAGCAACAGCAGAUCUGAACAAGUACAUUUGAAGCAAGAUGCAAAAAACAGAAUUCCAAAGAAAAAUAAUGUUUUAUUACCUACUCGAAGUUCCUUAAGACAAGCAAUCCAAAAGUCUCAGAAGCUGGUGAGUACAGAGCCAGCUUCACUUGAGAAUGUGCCUUUACCAGCAAAGUCACUUGAUAAAACUGUGAAAGAAGUUACAGGAGCAGUACAGAGCACCGCAAAAGAUGUGGUGCCCUGUCAAACUGAAACACAGACUGUCAAGCAUCAUACUGAUUUGUCAAAUCCAUUAGCUGUUGCUGACCUUUCUCAGAAAAUUGAGAAAAGUAUAAUCAAGCCAGUUGAAAGAGCCACUAGAACAGAAAAUACAAUGCAAAAUGAAAAGAGCAGGAGAUCUUUGAGCCAAAAAGAUGGCUCGGAUCUGCUUGAGGGAGCCCAACAUGUUGGGAAAAAUAAAACCAGCAAGACACUCCCCGACAAGGGGCUUACACAGAACUCUCAGCGUAAAUGUUUGCCUAAUAAGGGUAGUAGAUCAAAAUCGGUCCCUUCCCUGAGAGCUAGUGAUAAAAAAUCAGCAAAAGGUGUUGCUACUGUUAAAUUAAAGACUGAUCCAGUACAGCAGAAAUCUGAGCAAGACCAGGAUAAGGGCGCAGUAAAGACAAAUUCUGUUAAAUACAAUAAAACCGAGAGAAAAAAGAAAGAAAUGUUGGAUGCUCGGUCUAUAAAAGCUUCUGAAGGCGACCGGAAGAAGAAAGCUUAUAGAAAACUGAAGAAUGUGGAGUGUAAAAAUGAAAGUGCGAGUGCUGAUGUGAAAAAAAAUACAAAAAAGGAAAAGGUAGAGACUAAGUCAUGUAAGAAAAAGAGCAAGUCUGAGUUGUUGGAGUGCCAAGACCAAAAGGCAUCAAACAAGUCUUCUCAAAAGAAAGGGGAGCAGAUAACUGAGAACAAGCAGGAUUCUGAGCCACCAGACUCUCGCAAAAAGAAGGUUAAGCAGAAGCUUAUAUCUUCUCAUAAUCAAAAGGAGAAACUAAAAGUUAGUUCUAAGCAAAAAAGUUUUCUGGAAUCUAAGAAAAAAUUAAAACAUGGAACAGUUUGCUCUGCUGUUGCUCAGGUGACCCCACCCGAAGAAUCUGAGAAUCAGUUAAAGAGCAAACAACCAAGUAUUCUUGAGCUGUGUGAAGAAAUUGCAGACGAAAUAGAGUCUGAUACUGUUGAAGUUAAAAAAGAUGUGGCAAAAGUGGAAGAACCAAAGGACAAAAAGGAAGAUGAAGAAAAACCUUCAGAAAGUGAUAAAUCUGAAAUACACAAUGAGCUUCCAAAAGAAGUGGGCCAAGGAAGUCAGAGUCAUCGCUUUUUCACCAGCAAGAGUCUGCUCAUUUUAAAAAAGGAGUUAAUUGAAAGCAUGAAUCGUCGACGAAGUAAAGCUUACAAAGACCAUAGCUGGUCAAAAAUUAAGCAUUUAAAAACCAGUCAUGUGAACCAUAUUAACACUUCAAAUCAUUCAGUUUCUCCAAAACCAGGAAUUGUACCAAAAUGGUUGUUGUCCCUCAAACAGGAUAGCCAGAUGGUCAUUGAAGAAAUGGGCUCAGAGGCGAAAGUGAACACUGAAGAAUGCACAGCCAAUAGCUUGGCAGAUGGAAGCAAGAAAGUUAAACCACAUAAACCACCUCAGGAUGAUGUGCCAGAUGAGAGAACUCAUUAUUUAAGACCAGCCAUUAUUCAGCUACUGAAGGAAUUUCAGGAGCUGGAUGAACAGACUGAGGAAUCCGCACCAGAUGCGAAUUUCUGUUUACGGUUGGACUCUAGUCCAGAAAAUAGUCCAUUGAAAAGCAGUGAAGGAUUAUCCCCACUGAAGCAAGCAAAGACUGUGUCAAACAGUGCUUCUUAUGUUUCUCGGCAUUUUUCCAUAAAUCAAGCUAAGUCAGGGCCUUCAACUGUGCAACCUGAAUCUUCUCCAUUAAAACAAUUCAAAAGAGGGGCAGGAAAUGCACCUCAAGAGCCAACUGUACCAAGAGAAGUAAUAAAAGGGCAUGAACAUAAAUCACCAGUACUGUCUUUACCCAGCAAAGGAAAGGAGGAAUUAGAAAGUACACUAAAAAAAUCACUGUCACCAAAGGACUCCAAAACUGAGUCACAGGAUGUAAGUCAAGGCCCAUUGUUUCCAAGGCAAACCAGUAGAGAGUCUAAAGAUGCCCUUCAGGAACUUGAUGAUCUUAGACAAACCCAGAGGGAGCAGGAAGUUUCACCUCCACUCCUACCCCUACCAAACCAAGUUGAGAGUGAGCCCAAAAAUACAUUUCAGGGUCUACCCCAAGCUAAACACAAUGAGUCAAAAGAAGAACCUCACGAGUCUUCCUUACCGAAACAAGCAAAUAAAGAUUCAGAAGAUGCACUUCAGGGGCAAUCUGCAGCAAAACAAAUAAAACAAGAGUCAGACAAUGCACUUCAAAAGCUAUCUCCAGUGAAGCAAAUCAAGAGGAGGCUAGACUGUGCAAAUCAAGAGCUAUCACCACCAAAACAAGCAAAGAAGGAAACAGAAGCUGCACAAGCAAAGCAGGCUGAAAAGGACCUAGACAAUUUAUGUCAAGAGCCAUCUGCACCAAAGCCAGCCAAGAGCGAGUCUGAAACAGUAUCCGAAGAACCUAUUUCAAAAAAGAAAGCCAAAAGUAAUGUAGGAAAUGGGCAGAAAAAAACACCAUUGCCAAAAGAGACCAAGAAAGAGGUAGAAGAUGCAAUUAAAGUGUGCCUUUAGAGCAGCAUUCAGUAACAAAGAGCAGUGCUAUGCCGUCAGAUGCUUCCAUUCAGAAAGAGAUUAAACGAUUAAAAGAAUUAGAGGAUGAUGACCAACAACUAACCAUAGAUGCUGGACAGAAAAGAUUUGGACCAGUUACCUGCAGUAUCUGUGGCAUGCUUUACACCGCCUCAAAUCCAGAGGAUGAGACCCAGCACCUUUUGUUUCACAACCAGUUUGUUAGUGCAGUAAAAUACGUGGGCUGGAAAAAAGAACGGAUUUUAGCUGAAUACCCUGAUGGCAAAAUAAUAAUGGUCCUUCCAGAUGAUCCAAAGUAUGCACUAAAAAAGGUUGAAGAAAUCCGAGAGAUGGUGGAUAAUAAUCUGGGAUUCCAGCAAGCUCCCCUCAGGUUUCCAUCGAAGACUAAGUCACUCCUCUUCAUUUCUAAUGACAAAAAAGUGAUUGGAUGCUUGAUUGCAGAACACAUCCAUCAGGGCUAUAGGGUAAUUGAAGAAAGUCGUGUGGAAGAAAACACUGAUAGAGAUGGCUCUUUGUUUGAACGUCAGAGAGCCUGGUGCUGUUCAACUGUUCCUGAACCUGCACUCUGUGGCAUCAGUCGUAUUUGGGUCUUCAGUGUUAUGCGCAGAAUGCGUAUUGCUUCAAGAAUGAUAGAUUGCCUUAGGAGCAACUUCAUUUUUGGAUCUUACCUGGGUAAAGAAGAAAUUGCUUUCUCAGAUCCUACUCCUGAUGGUAAAUCGUUUGCCACAUGGUACUGUGGAACACCACAGUUUAUGGUAUACAACUUCAUCAGCUGACAUCCCUUAUAAAAUGGCAGCUACUGGACACAAGCAACUUUGAGUGAAGGAAGUCCUCCAUUCUCUCGUUUUAAAUGUGAAUCUUCAUACUCUCAAAAAGCGAUGAGGAGUCUUUGGAGAUUUACUCUUUAUGAGCUCAGGAUUGGCAACAACCACAGCGGUGUUGCUCUGUUUUAAUAAAACUGGAAAGGAUGCAGUAAUAACAUAGAUUUAUUUAAAGAAAAUAUUUUGCUACCUUUUACACAAGAUGGGUUCAGAUUUAUGAUGAGACUUUCGUUACAUUUGUAUGCCUCCAACAGCCAUUUCUAGUGGACUGUAGACAAGCUGUGUAAGAUAGCCUUGGUAAUUGCACUGGAGACACUUCUACAAAUUGUAGAUGAACAUUGUAUGUGGAUUGUGUAGACACCAGUGCAACGCACUUUACCUUUGUACCUUGAAGGAUCAGAAUGUACCUGCUGGGAAUAGAGAAAGACAUUUCAUGUGCUUCAUCAUAUUAUUAGGACAGGCUCUAACUACACCUUUGUCCUGGAUUGGGGCCAUAUCCAUUUUUUUCAGUAUUCCAGUUCUAACUGGGGGGAGGGGCACAGAACUUCAGAAACUUAGUGUGCAAUAUUGACAGUAUGCAAUAUUCUAAUGCACUGUAUUUAAAGACUUGUUUCUUGCACUGGAAUGCAUGCUACAUUGUAAAAACUGUUGGCAGAAAAAAGGUACUGUAAGGCAUAAUAGUUUAUUCUGUGAUUCUGAAUCAUAGCUGCAAAUCCAAAGCAUCUGAAAAUAACGCCAGUGCAUUGUACCAUUGUUUUUCCAGUCAGUGUUAACACAGUGACCAGAAUCCUGGUUUCAAGUUCUGAAUGAAAAAAUAAAAGCCAGAAGUCCA